AUGAUGAAAAAUACCUCACUAUUAUCAAUUCAAAUUUUUCUUUUAUAUAUUUUACUUCUACUUGGAUACCCAACGAAAAUACCAAUUAAGACAUACAUUCAACCGGAUGAAGAAAAUAAAGCUAUUAUGCGGACAAUACAAGAAGGUGAAAUGAUACAUAAUAAUGAUCAAAACAAUCCGUUGAAAUUUUCAUUUUCCAAUCGUCAAUUACAUAUUGAGGAAAUCGAUACAUGGAAUUUAAUAAAUACUGUAUGCAGUGAUUUAAAAGUUGGUUCGAUGGCAAUAAUGUGCGGUAAUAUGGGUAAACCGUAUGAGGCGUUCUUGGCAAUCACUGAAAAUAUGGAAAUGCCACUGAUAAACUGGGAUUUGUCACCAAUACUUCCAGCUGAAGAACCUCGCAGUUUCUUUCAAGUGAGUAUUCGUCCGCCAACAGCAGAAUUGAUAGCUGAUUUAAUCUUAUAUAAGCAAUGGCCAACAUUUAUCUUUCUUCAUGAUGGCAAAAAUUCAGUAAUCAAUUUACAAUGGAUUUAUUAUUAUUUGCAUCGUAAAAGUAAUACUUCAAUAUCAGCAGAAAUGAUUCGAAUGCCACAAAAUGAAAAUGAUUUUAUGAGAUUCUUCCGAAAAUUAAAUGCAAAUCGAUUUGUAAACAAUUCAAUCAAGUAUAUCGUAAUUGAUGCUGAUUCAUCACAUCGACAAAGACAAUUUCUAGCUGCUAUACGAUCCACUCAGUUUAGCCAAUUGGAAUAUCAUUAUAUUGUUGGAAAUUAUGAUUUUUCGGAUUACGACGUGGAAAUGUUCCAAAAUGGAAACAUUAACAUUUCCGGUUUUCAAAUAAUAAAUCGAGAAGCAAAAGAAUAUAGCAAACUGAAAAAUGCUAUAUUUAAAGCAGAAAAAGUUGACAUAGACAAUGAGAUUAAACCUGUAUUUGUGCAUGACGCAAUGCUCGUUUUACGAGCUCUUUUUGCAACCGUUUUACGACGUAACGAUUCUUUAUUCCGCCAUAACUUCCGGCAUGGCCAGUUGUACAAUCGUGAAUAUCCUGGACUAUACUGUCAUCCAAGUAUGGAUGUCGACAAUCCCCAUCGUCCAUUUACAACUUUCGAGCAUGGACAAAUACUAGCAAGAGCUUUACGUGGAUUAAAAUUAGAUUCAAAUGAUGGUACCUUAUCCGGACGCAUUGAAUUUGAUCGUUUUGGGAUGCGUAAGAAUUAUGACGUUACCGUGAUUGAUUUAGUAUCCAGUAUUAAAUCUGCUUUUAACCGGAAAGAGAUAAUGGUUUGGAAACAAGGCCUUGGAUUUUUUGCAAAUCAAACGAUUGCUGAGCACACUCGAAAGACUUUGGAUGCAACAGGACAGAAAAAAACCCUUAAAGUGGUCACUAUUGUGACAGCACCUUUUGUAAUGAUUAAAAGAGGUUGUGAGGGAAAUACGAACAAAAGUAGUUGUGAUGGUAACGAUCGCUAUGAAGGAUUUUGCAUUGAUUUACUUAAACUUCUCAGUGACAAAAUCGAAGAUUUUAAAAAGUAUGAAAUAAUCUUAGCUAAAGGCAAUAAAUACGGAAUUAAACAGCCUGAUGGUUCAUGGGAUGGCCUAAUUGGCUCAUUACUUAGUGGUGAAGCAGAUGUUUGUGUAGCAUCACUUACUAUAAAUCAAGAUCGUGAACGAGUUGUUGAUUUUUCGAAACCAUUUAUGACAACUGGAAUUAGUAUAAUGAUUAAGAAACCGGAUAAACAAGAAUUUUCCGUAUUCUCAUUCAUGCAACCAUUAAGUACCGAAAUUUGGAUGUAUAUCAUUUUUGCAUAUGUUGGGGUUUCUGUUGUGAUAUUUUUGGUUUCACGAUUUUCACCAUACGAAUGGCGUAUUGAAGAGAUGUCGGGUGGCGGUGGUUUUACAAUUUCAAAUGAUUUUUCAGUUUACAAUUGUUUAUGGUAUACACUUGCUGCAUUUAUGCAGCAAGGUACCGAUAUUGUACCUAGAUCAAUAAGUGGUCGUCUUGCAAGCAGUGUAUGGUGGUUUUUCACAAUGAUUAUCGUUUCAUCCUAUACCGCUAAUUUAGCAGCAUUUUUAACAUUGGAAAAAAUGCAAGCACCAAUUGAAUCAGUGGAAGAUUUAGCUAAACAAACAAAAAUUAAAUAUGGAAUACAACAAGGUGGUUCAACAGCGCAAUUUUUUAAGUAUAGCUCAGUGCAAAUUUAUCAACGAAUGUGGCGCUAUAUGGAAUCACAGGUACCAACGGUAUUCACUUCAACCUAUGCGGAAGGUAUUGAAAGAGUUCGAAGUCAUAAAGGACGAUAUGCAUUUUUGUUGGAAGCUACCGCAAAUGAAUAUGCAAAUACAAGGAAACCUUGUGAUACGAUGAAAGUUGGAUCAAACUUAAAUUCAGUUGGUUAUGGAGUUGCAACACCAUUUGGUUCUCCAUAUAAAGAUCAUAUUAAUUUGGCAAUUCUUGCAUUACAAGAGCGUGGCGAAUUGAAAAAACUUGAGAAUAAAUGGUGGUAUGAUCGAGGUGAAUGUGAUCAAGGCAUCGCGGAAGGUCAUAAUGCAAGUUUAAAUUUGAGUAAAGUGGCAGGAAUAUUUUAUAUCUUAAUGGGUGGUAUGAUUGCAUCAAUGUUAGCAGCACUUGGUGAAUUUCUUUAUCGUUCUCGAAUUGAAGCACGUAAAGGCAAUGUUACUUCAUUACUGGGAAGUUUAACGCAAAAUCUUCGAACUUCGUUUUUUGCACAACCAAAAAAAGUUCUUCCGGAUGAAGAAACAUUUAGAAAAGGAACACCAGUCUUUGAAGUUUUUAAAAAGCAAGAUGAAGCAUCGAAAUCAACUGAUUCGAAAUCGAGUAAAUUAACUGAUGAAUUAAUUACUGCUCAACCAUUCAUUAAACGUUACAAUACUGCCGUUUGA